AUGCUCGUACCUUUGCCAAACGGCUUUAAACAGCCAAUGAUAGAAGCAUAUGACAGAGUCACGGCCCCCCUGGAUCACCUGGGAACCUUUGUUGACUUAAUGAGACUUUAUGCAGUCCUAGACAUAGUGAUGUGUAGGUCAUUUUCCCCGACACUCAGGAGGGAGGCUAGAGACUGGGUGGCCACAUUGGCACCUAGGUCUAUAAAGACGUUUGAUGAACUUUCCAGGAGUUUUGUGGCAUAUUUCAUGAGCAGAAAGUUGACACAAAAGAUGACCAUUGAAUUGAUGCAGGUGGUGCAAAAGAAAGAUGAAUCUCUUCAUGAGUAUUUGGCUAGGUUCAGCCAGGAAACUCUUGGUGUAAGGGACCUUCAAAUGUCUGCAGUAGUAACAAUGUUAAUGAAUGGGACGCAGAACCGGGCUUUUAAAAUGUCACUCUCCAAAAAUCCACCGGAGUCGAUGCAUGACCUAUUGAAGAAGGGUGACAAGUAUGUUGAUACAGAGGAAGCAGAAAAUGUCACAAAAAAUCUUAGAGAGGGAUGGGAGACGGGAAGCCAUAAGCGAAAAUUAAGUGAUGUGAAAAACCUGUUGAUAAGGAUAAGAUGA